AUGGCUUCCCAGACUUUCAAGUUGAACUCGGGAUACGAGAUCCCCGCUGUGGCUCUUGGUACCUGGCAAUCCGCCCCUGGCGAGGUCACAAAGGCCGUCUCCUACUCCCUCUCAGUCGGCUACAAGGCCAUUGACGGCGCCUACUGCUACGCCAACGAAGAUGAGGUCGGUGCCGGCCUCAAGGAGGCUUUCGCCAACGGCGUCAAGCGCGAGGACAUCUUUGUCGUCACCAAGCUGUGGGCCACCUACACCAUUGGCGACGACAAGGUCAAGGAGGGCCUGGAGAAGAGCUUGAAGAGCCUGGGUCUCGACUACGUCGACCUCUUCCUCGUCCACUGGCCCGUCGCAAUGAACCCCAACGGCAACCACGACAGGUUCCCCACCAAGCCCGACGGCUCCCGCGACAUCAUCCACAGCCACUCCCACGUCGACACCUGGAAGUCGGUCGAGAAGCUCCUCGACACGGGCAAGGUCCGCUCCAUCGGCGUCUGCAACUACAGCGUCAAAUACCUCGAAGAGCUCCUCCCGCAGGCCAAGGUCGUGCCCGCCGUCAACCAGAUCGAGAACCACCCGAGCCUGCCCCAGCAGGAGAUCGUCGACUACUGCAAGGAGAAGGGCAUUCACAUCAUGGCCUACAGCCCGCUCGGCUCCACGGGUGGCCCCCUGCUGACCGCGGCGCCCGUCGUCAAGAUUGCCGAGAAGCGCGGCGUCAGCGCCGGUACCGUCCUGUUGAGCUACCACGUCGCGCGCGGCAGCACCGUGAUUGCAAAGUCGGUGACGGAGAGCCGGAUCAAGUCCAAUUUGGAGAUUGUUAAGCUCGAUGAUGAGGAUCUGAAGGAGCUGCGGGCGUACUCUGACGAUUUGACGGCCAAGAAGGAGCUGAAGCGCUAUGUGUACCCGCCGUUUGGUAUCGACUUUGGAUUCCCGGAUAAGUCGUAG